UCCUCAUAUUUUUUUUAACUUUACACCCCAAUUAACUUAUGUUCCAAUUCGAUGGAAAUGAGGAAAACCUAGCGUAGCUCAGUUGUUAAUGCUAUAUAUCACGGAUCACGGAAAUUUUAAGUGUAUUUCACCAUUUUUCUCUAUUUUGACUCGAAACAAACUGUCAUGAAAAGCGAAAGAUUUAAAUCUAAAAAAACUAUUUGUAAAAAUGUACAAACGUUAACCCCUUUAAAAUUUAUAUUUAGAUGCAGCUAUAAGGAAAAUCACUCUCAGCCAUUGUUUGGCGUGAGCUUUAACCCAAUUGUUAAUAGUGAAAAGGGCACAAUUUUCUGUACUGUUGGGGGAAAUAAUGCAUCAAUAUACUUAUGCCAAUUGAAUGGGCAACUCAAACUAUUAACAACUUUAAUAGAUGAUGAUGCUGAAGAAAUUUAUUACUGUUCUACAUGGACCUUUGACACAAUUACUUUAAACUCUAUUUUAAUUCUUGGAGGACUCAAGGCAGUUAUUAGAAUUGUUCCUAUAAAUAAGCCUCAAGAAUCUUUGCACUUAUUAGGACAUGGUUACUCAAUCAAUGAUCUGAAAAUACAUCCACACAUGCCUAAUAUCUUAUUAUCCGCUAGUAAAGAUCACUCAUUACGACUUUGGAAUAUCAGAACAAAAACAUUAAUUUCUAUCUUUUCUGGAGUUGAUGGACAUCGAGAUGAAGUUAUAAGCUCUGACUUUAAUCACGAUGGGAGCUUGAUUUUAUCCUCAGGUAUGGAUCAUUCACUCAAAAUUUGGAACAUAAAUACUAAAGAAAUGAAUGACUUGAUUGAGGCAUCAAACCAUUUUAAAGGAUACGGAUAUGGAGCCAAAAUAUCGUUUCCAACUCUUUUAAGUCAUUUUCCAAUACUCACAACAAGAGAUAUUCAUAAAAAUUAUGUGGAUUCUUCCUUAUGGCAUGGAAAUGUUAUUUUUUCUAAAUCUUGUGAAAAUAUCAUAACUUGUUGGAAAUUCGGUGUUAUAGAAAACGUCAACCAAACUAGUAUUGAUAAUGUUAAAAAAUAUCCAAAUCGGUAUAGUAAUAAUAUAUGCCUCGAUUACCAUAAAAGUGAUUAUGGCCUACAAUCUUUACAACUUGCUCCUCAUAUCAAGGCCAAUAAAUUAUUUGAUAUACCUGUAAGUGAUUGUGAUUUAUGGUUUAUAAGGAUGAAUGAAGAUCCAUCUCAAAAAUAUUUAGCUCUUGGCAAUUGCACCGGAAAAAUAUUUGUUUGGGAUUUAGAUUCAAAUAACAUUCAAAAUUCACAACCUCAAGUAUUAAAGCAUUCUAAUUGUAAAAGCAUAAUAAGGCAAGUAUGUUUUAGUCCUAUAAUAACGGAAGCCAAUAACAAAAUCGAAAACAUGAAUGAAUCAGAAAAAUUAAAUAAUGCUAAACAAAGUUUUAUGUCAUUGAUAGGUGUGUGCGACGAUUCUACUAUUUGGAGAUGGGAUAUCCAAUUUUAAUUUAAAUGUUAAUAUUUUAUUAUAAUUUAACUUCAAAAUCUGUAAUACUUUUUAAAUUAAUGCAAUGCAAUAUGUAAAAUACAAUGUUUAUGUAUGUUUUAUUAUAAUUUAUCAAAAUCGAUAAUUUUUCUAAUGAUUAUUUAUCGUUGAUUAAUAUAUUUUUUUAAAGGUAUUGUGCACUUUAUUUGAAAUUAAAUGAAAUAGCAUAAAUAUUAUAUUCCAUAUGAUUUUAAUAUACCCAAACCCAACUCUUCCUCUUUCUUUAGGAACUUAGUUUUUAAAUGACAAAAUGUUUUAACUAGUGCUGUAUCACACGUUACAAAUUAUUCAGGUUACCUUGUUAUUAUGGGGAAAGUAAUGAAUCAAACUAACGUGUUACA